UGGUGUUCUAACGUUGACCUGUCAAAACGCAAUAGCUAGUGGAUAUAUAUCAGUGUAUAUGUGGAAUAUCACUGAAAUGGACUAGUUAUAUUCUGCAAAUGAUGUAAGGUGUUUAACAAAAAUGACGUUGAACAAUAACGUUUUGUCGAUACGUUUAUAUUAAUUCAUGAUGAGACCAAAACUGCAGUCUAAUGUGCAGGCUGCCACCAUCGGCCAUCAAAAUGGCCUCUGAAUCUCUCGUGGUUACAGCAGGAGCUGGCCGACCUCGAGAUCAAGAUUGCUUCACGAAACAAUUAUCAUAGGCCAAGGAUGGAGAUCAUUGGAGAAUUCGAGUACAACAAGAAGGAUCUGAUCGGUCAUGGGGCUUUUGCCGUGGUCUUUAAAGGCCGCAGUCGGAAGAAACCACCAACGACUGUUGCCAUUAAAAGCAUCACCAAGAAGAACCUGGCCAAAUCUCAGAACCUUCUCAGCAAAGAAAUCAAGAUACUCAAGGAGCUAUCAGACCUUCACCAUGACAAUGUUGUGGCUCUUUUGGAUUGUAAGGAAACCACUAAUCAUGUCUACCUGGUUAUGGAGUACUGCAAUGGAGGAGAUCUUGCUGAUUUUUUGCAAGCGAAGGGGACAUUGAGUGAAAACACAAUAUCCCAAUUCCUGAGGCAAAUAGCUGCUGCUAUGAGAGCCUUACAUGGCAAAGGAAUUGUACAUCGAGAUUUAAAACCACAAAACAUCUUGCUCCAAAAUCCUCCAGGCAAAACCAAUCCCUCACCGUGUGAGAUGAUACUCAAGAUUGCUGACUUUGGAUUUGCUAGGUUUCUGCAUGAUGGUGUAAUGGCAGCAACACUGUGUGGUUCUCCUAUGUAUAUGGCUCCGGAGGUGAUAAUGUCCAUGCAGUAUGAUGCCAAGGCAGACCUGUGGAGUAUAGGGACCAUCGUGUUCCAGUGUUUGACUGGGAAGGCUCCCUUCCAGGCACAGACUCCCCAACAACUCAAACACUUCUAUGAAAAACAUGCAGAACUCAAACCCAAUGUUCCAAAGGACACAUCAUCAGGUUUGAGGGACCUGCUACUUCGAAUGCUCAAGAGGAAUGCCCGAGACCGGAUUGCUUUUGAGGAUUUCUUCAUUCACCCCUUCCUGAACCCUCCUCCUGCAUUAAAGGCCUCUUCACCAGUACCAGUACCCAGUCGAUCUAGUCACGGAUUCUCAUCAGCAAGCCCCACCCCUCCUAGUCAUGUGUCUGCCUCACCCUUGUCAGGUCGGGCAGAGUUUUCCCCACCCCCUCGCCGACCCCCACCCCCUCCACCCCCAACAACAGCACCACUCCCCACACCUCCCCCUGUCCCCUCACCUGUGAAGAUUACACCACCAAAACCUCUCCAAGUCAUCAAGCGAGAGGAGGCAGAGGCUAUUCAUGGCUCGUCACAAGAAGUGGCUGGAUUUCUGAAGGUUGAGAAGGGCGGACAAACGCCUAGAAGUAACAGCCCAACCGAGGUUAGCAGUGACUUUGUGAUGGUACCAGUGAGUUUACCAUGUGAAAACUUACAAGGUAGUGCAGAAAAACCGGUCAAGGCUCCAACACCGGAAGAAAUCUCCGUAAAAGCUGUAGAACCCCUGCCCCUGCCCCUGGCGGUAGUGAAGGUGAGUCCCUCCUCUGGGGCUGCAGCCUUUAAGAAGUCCCCUGAGGAAGCCACCAGUCCCAGCCGCCCGUCCACCCUCCCUAUGCAGACAGAUACACCCCCUCCCACCAAACCCCACUCCUCGGAACCUAUCCCUGUUCCCGGACAGGUGCAAGCCUACCACAGGAUGUCUGCUGGCUCGCCAUCAAGUCCUCGUAAAAACAGCAUGGACAUUUCUCCUACUGGCUCCAGUACAGGUUCAAACAAGGACUCGACAGAGAAGAAAGAUAUGAAGACAUCACCUGCAACGGUGGAAGCUAAGUUGUGUGGACCUGAUAUUGGAUCACUGUCUCCACCAGCAGUGAAGUUUUCCAUUGGGACUCCGCCCAGUACAGGGCAGUGGAAGAGAGGCAGCAUUGGUGCUACCCCUUCUCGUUUCAGCACAACCCCUCCCAGUAUUGCCAACUCACCUCAUCGCAGAUCAGGAAGCAGUUCACCUCAGUUUCCUGUUGUGGCUCCAGCAUCUCUUCCUGCAAUUAUUGGAUCGCCACCAAAGUUGGGCAUGGUUGAUCGUAGAAGUCCGGAGGGUUUGGACUCUCAACCAGUCAAUGCACCCUUUGGAUCCUCAAGACCGAAAACUGUACCAGAUGAUAUGGCCACCAUGCCAUACAAGGGACCAGCACAAGUAACAGCUGGGAAUCCCACAGUACGACGUAAUCUACUAGAUCAGGGACGUUCUUCCACAGAGCCUACUGUCUUCAAUAAUCUGGAGGGAGGCAGUCUGUUGUCAGAACAGCUUGUCAGAGCGGCAUUUGGAACACCUCCACAACCCUUCAACAAUCAGGGUUCAGUUGUGCCCUUCAGUAGUGCAGGCUGGCGGGGCAGUAAGGAGAAAGUUGGCUCCCUUGGGUCCCCUGGUAGUGACAAAUCCCUCCCCUCAGACACAGACAAGUCGACAACAUACGUAAGACGCAGCACAGAACCUUCACCUCCUCCCUCGGCCAUAUUUGCACAAUCUCCUUCGAACAUGGAGGGGCCUGUGACAUUUGUUGCUCCAGGGCUGGCAGAGGAGACUCUUAUGGAUGACAAUCACAACGAGACAAUGGCUAAGCUUAGCUUCGUCCUGGACCUGGUAGACUGUAUCAUAGAGCUGGCACAGACUAGGGGUGCUCCUCUCCAGGGCUUCACAGAAUCUGUCAAUCUCAAGCAGGGAGAAGCACUGCCUUCAGAACAAUUACCCAAGUUUACAGAAACACAAAGACGACUGGAACAGUUGGUGCUGUACGUACGGUCGUUACAUCUCCUCUCGUCAUCCCUCCAGUUAGCACGUAAAGAAAUCAAGGAGGAGAGACUACAGAUUUCCACGUCGCUCAGAAAUGUGUUGCGACAGAUGAAUGAAUCCUACCAUCGGUGUGUGAACAUGUGUAAACAGAUCCAGCACAGACUAGGUACAGGGAUCCAGAAUACCUUAACGCCUCAGCUAGCUGUGGCCACUGCUGAUAAACUUAUCUACAACUAUGCUAUUGAAAUGUGUCAGAAUGCUGCAUUAGAUGAGCUGUUUGGAAAUCCACAUGAGUGCUUUAGGCGGUACCAGACGGCACACCUACUCCUUCACAGUCUGUCACAGCAAGCUCACAACACGCGCGACAAACAGCUCCUUAACAAAUACAAAGAGGCAGUUGAAAGGAGACUAGCUAAUGUGCACACAGCGCCCCAAGCUUACAUCCCACCCUUCGAGGCUGUCAGCUGAUGAAUGGUGUCUAAAAGUAUCCCAACUGUCCCUGUGUUGUCCAUAGUUGACUGACAUGGAUAGGUUCAGUGAAAGUUUGUGUAGAGUUCUGUGUUCAGUUUGUUUUCAGUUUUAUUUAUAUUUAUUUGAAUUAUUAAGAUAUAUCUGGUUUGUCAGAUAUAGAACUGAUGAAGAUGGUUGUGGAAUGAAGUUCCAGAAUUCCCAUAAAUAUCACAAGAUCUAGUUCAUGGAAAAUUAUCAGAUAACAUGGACAGAGGAAUGCACAGUGAUAACUGGGAAAAUCUGAUACAGAAUAAAUAUUUGGUUUAGAGAAAGGACGACGUCUAUGCACUCAUACUUGGAACAAGAUAUGGCUCUUAAUAUCUACAUUCUUCCUGCUUUACAAAUCUCAGGGAAGAAGUGGAUGCAAACUUGUAACCACAAAUAUAUAUAUAUAUACAUAUUUCUUUUUUUUUUUUUUUUUUUUUACAAAAAGUGCUAAAAAUGCAAAACAAACUUGGAUUUUAGUGUGGACAGAGUCAUCUUAAACAAAAUGACAUCUAGAAAUACUCUCAUCCAUCUACAACUGAAACUUCAAAAAAUUACCAAAGACUUACAUUGACUGAAUUUAAACUGAGAUGAAUAUUUAAAAAAAUCAUUAUUUAUUAUUUACUGGUUUAAUUAUUGGGUUACCUUUUCAUGGAAGAAAUUUCAAAACUUCCUCAUUUUCAGUGUAUAUUGUGUGAAGUUGGACAUUUCAGCUAUUUUAAUCACCGUAAUGAUUUUGCAAGAGCAGUACAAACAUUUCUUCUGUAUUUUCAUUGCAAUGUUUACUGUAUGAGAAGUGCCAAGGUGUUUGAUAUAGUUUACUACCACACAAGACAUGAAAGCUAGCAUUUUGGAUAUGUAGCCCGUAUUAUUGAUUUGGAGCCCUGAUAGCAUUAGAUUAUUUCUCACAAUAAAACAGAAUUGUAAGUGUAAAUAUCUGUAAAUAAUAUUGUUCUAUUAUUUAUUAGAUAAUAAAUUGUUGUAGAUGUAGCUCAUAAUGAUGGAACAAGCUAUCAUCAUUUUAUCUCUGUCUCGAUUCAUAUCCAUCUCGAUUCAUAUCCAUCAACAGUAUUUUAAAUUGAUGGAACAUUUUGUGAUAAACACAUGUAACACUACAUAUUGGAAAAGGAGGUAACCAGCAUGUGAUAUCAGAUAAUGUGUAGCGUGGCUUUUACCAUAUGUAAAUAAUCUGUGUAUAAUAUUCUUAUUUUUGUUAUUUUAUUCAUCUUCAAAUGUUUUAUUAUUUUUUCUCUAUUAUUAGCUAUUCCAGUUGAAAUUCCAGGUAUAGAAUAUGUUUUUACCUCAGAAUUUCAUCUUUUAUCAUACAAAUAGUCUGCACAAUCUUUGUAUGUGUUGACAAAUACAAAUUUUAUGUGAAGGAAGAAUUAUGAAUCUCUAGAAUGGUAUUGUGUUUCUUAGUUUUUCUUGCAAUGUGAAAGAACUUGUAUCAGGUUUAAUUAUGGGUUAUAUUUUGAAUGUCAAGAAAUAUGAUUGUUUUUGACAAUGAUAUUAAGAUUUCUACGUACGGUAUACACCAUGGAGAGAUUUGUGUGCCCUGUCCAUUUGGUAUUUGUCGUAUCAGUAGUGUGUAAUGUUUUUCAGGUUGUGUUACGUGGUAAAGGAAUGUGUUCAUAAAAAAACCUGCACACUAUAUUUUUGACCCUCCGACCCCCGCAGAACAACAUUAGACUAGGCUAUAAAAUGUUGAACAUGAGUUAUAUGCUUUCAAGAGGAGGCUGCCCAAGCUAGUCAGGGUAUGACAGGGUGCAGACUAGUAAAUUUACUAAAACCCAUCCCGAGUUAUUAGUGUGUAUGUAAUGCAUACCGUAGUCUUUCAGUUUGAUUUUGGUAUGUGAUGUACGGUACCGUAAUACUUGUCUUCUGUAUUUUCUUGUGUUGUUUAAUUAUAUGAUGUUGUUUUGGCUUUUGUUUGAUCUGUUCUAGGAAAAAGACCUGCUUUCAUGCUGCACAUGAGCUUGUUCUUUUAACUUAUUGCAAUAUAUAUUCAAAUUAUUGUGUAAAAGUGAAAUUGUCUUGCCGGAUGAAAAUGCAUUUCAUAUCAUACAUUUUAGUUAGAUUGUUUGUGCUUCUGUAUUUUAUUGUAUAUUGGCCAUAUAUGUAUUGACAUCUUUUUUUAAGUUUGUAAUUUAUUGUGAGAUUUAUGAGAUCAUGCUUAUAGUAAUAUAUACUGAUAAGAAGACAGAUUUUUUUUUAUUAGUGAAGCCUUACUUCCAAGUUAUUGUCAACAAUGUGACCUAAAGACUGAAUCAUAACUUGCUUUCUUGAUUUUUCAGAGUUUUAAUGAACAUCUCAGUCAAUUGUGACCUCAUUAUAAUACAGUCUUAACAUCACCCAGAGGAAUUACAAAAAGUCUCCAAACAAUUUUGUUUAAGUUGAGCUUGAUAUUAGGGAAAUGAAAAUACAGAGAAAAGGGCUUUUUGACUAGUUUCAGUCAUUAAGUAAAUUUAGAAAGUCUCAAAGCAACAACUUCAAGACUUUGUAUGCUUUCUAAUACAUGUAUUACCUGGUAUUCCCUGAGAAAAUCUGGACUCUCAUUAGUAAAAUGCUACAAAAACUGAGACUAAUUAAUCAAUGUAAUCGUCUAUGACAAAGCAUGAAUACAGAUACACAUCAAUACACAACGUCCCAUAAGGUAGAGAAUUGUAGCAAUCCAGACGAAUCUGCCGUGGAUACAGGUGUGUACAAGAGGUCUCACCAAAAAUCCAGGUAAUAUAUUAUUUGUAUUCUUUGCGUAAAAACGGUGAGCCCAACACAGGGAUUUUUUUCAAUAGUCCGAUUUAUUGGAGAGCAUUGUUUACAGAUUUUUGCUAUAGGGUAGCCGUCAUCAGAACCAUCAAGACAGCUACCCUAUAGCAAAAACAUGUAAACAAAUAAAUCGGACCAUUGAAUGAAUCUCCGUGUAAGGGCUCAACGAUUUUAUGCAAAGAAUACAGAUAAUUAAGAAUUUGGUUGUAUUGCUUUCGGAUAUGCUGCAUUAUACAAUAUACAACAGGAAAGAGUAUUAUAAUAUAGUUCUUAAAAAGAACAUUAAAUUAGAAUUCCUAGAUCCCAUAAGGAUUGUUAAGAAAGUGCUAAACAGUUUAAAAGUGAUAUUAAGUAGAUAUAGAUUUUGAAACAAAAUUGAAGUAUUUAUAGUUAGGAUAGAUUCUCACUUAAACAUAUGGAAGAUAUACCCAUAUGUCUAUUAUGGAUUUGAUUGGAGCUGCUUCCUUUAAUUGAGAUAUUAUAUUCCAUAAGCUUCAGUGAGAUUUACUCCAUUAUUCUAGAUACAUCAGUAUAAAUAGGUUUAUCUAAAAUAUAUAAAUACAUUGUAUAUUAGAUUUGUAUCCAUCAGCAUAUACAAGAGUGCAAUUGAACUCCAUUGAAGAGUACAAUAUUUUCCCCUUCCCCUUUCAUUUUCUGGUAGAAGCUCUGUUUAUAUUAAUGAAACAUACCAUAAGUUUCCAUCUUCUUAAGAUGUUGAAAGUUAGUUAAGUUUUAUUAUUAUACAGAACAAAUUUAUGUAAAUUUCAAUAUUUUUCCGAGUUUCUUUCUGCUUUCGUCCCUGUUAUCUCUUUCUUCACCUAAUCACCGUAGUUUAGUUAAUAUGAUGACUUUCUGUGACAUUGCCACUCCUUUAUUACUUAUUUACCGUAUUUAUCCAGGAAUAAACCCAUGCUUGGUAAUAAGUCCACCGAUAUGUAGUUUUAAGCACACCCACUGAAUUUGACUCAGAAGUUGUGUUGGUCCCCAGGGCUUAUUGCAGAAUAAAUACUGUACAUGUAUUUCGAUGUUUAGAACAGAUAGUUCUCGCCUGUACAUAAACUUAUUUAUCAUGUUACAAAGCCAGUAUGGCUGGUACAAUUGUGACUUUUAACAAGUGGUUAUUUUUGUGAUUAGAAUAUGUUGUUAUUGAGUAGAAGUAUGGCAUUGAACCCAUUUUGACUUUCAAGAAUUAACAUGCAUAUCUGAAUUGAUAAUAAAGUCAGGAUAUGAAAUACUGUACUUAGUGUACAAAAUAUUCUUUAAAGUGGGUUCAGUGUUCAUUUUAAUACACAUUUCAUGUGGCUUUGUCGUAGUAAUUAUGUUGUAUUUAUGAUAAAGAGGCAAGCAAUAUAGUCUGGGUAGAGAGAGCCUCGGCAUUUAUGUUGUUGUUGGGAGAGAGGUUUUUUGUAAAUCGUUAUGGAGCAAGUGAAGAAAAUGUGAUAAAAAACCUCCAGAAAAUGGUGUGAAUGAAGAAUGCCAAAGUUGAUUUUUCUGAUAAUUUUUAUUAGCAUUUUUCUAUUCCAAACUAUGGCACACUAAAAUUAUGAAUUGAGAGGGACGUUUUUUGUAUUUACAUCUUUUUUUCACAUUAAUAUAGUGGAAAAAAUCACUUUUAGCAGAAGUUAUUAUCUCAAUUUUGUAGAAAGAUAAUAAUACUAUUUCAAUCAUGAGAUUUUGGGCAAUAUUUCUGAGGAUGAUAAUGGUACGUUAGCGCCAAGAGGACUUAGUUGAUAGAAAAAGAUGUGUAUGUAGAUCAGAUGGCUUGUAACAGAGCCAUAUCGUAAAGGUACCUGGUAAUUUUCAUAUUUUCUGAUUUAAACAUUAAUUUGUCUAUUUUUUCCACAAUUAACACCCUCCUUCAAAAAUGUAGAGAAAUGUCUUAACAUAAACACAGUGCUUAGCGAUUGUCAUGAAUUCAAUGCCUGUUUGAGUUGUCAUUCUCAAUUAACUCUUCCUAUUUCUGAUAGUACUAUGGCUAGUACAUAAUAUGAUCUAUGAUUAUCCCAUACAUGUAUAUAUAAAUGACUUAACUUUGAGAGUGCUCCCAUACCCAUAAACUUUUAACUUCCAAUUCUAUAGUCAACAUGUAUGAAAACCAUCAUGACAGUGCUGUAGGCCAGUAUCGAGUCCAAAUUUAUUAUGACCAACUGCAGGUAAAUCAUUAUUUCAUAAUAUUAGAACCAUUACUUCAUAUUGAUAUUCCAUUGGCCAUUUGUACAUCAAAUACAAAUUUACUGGGCAUUUUUUCCCUCUUUUAUUAGCUCACCAUCAUCAGAUGGUGGACUAUUCAAAUCGCCUUGCGUCCGUGGUCCGUCCGUCCGUACAACAUUGCCGACAGGCAGCCAUCUUGGAUUUUGACAAUUGA